AUGGAUGCUUUUUCAAUUUUAACUGGAGGAACUAAUCUUAAGAAAAGAAAAACACAAGAAUCAAAAAGAAAGGAAGGUACAUUGUGUUUAUACUCUUUUUUGGAAAAAAAUCAACAUUGCCAUCAAGCAGAUCAGAAAGAAAGUACCAUAAAUGUAGAAUCCGAGGAAAAAAUUACAUCAUCAGCGCCUACAGAAGAAGAAAUCAAAAAUUUUCAGCGUCUAUUCCGCAUACGUGUUUCUGGAGACGAUGUCCCCGACCCAAUCAUGACUUUUUCUGCAAUGAGCAAACAGCUUCAGUUUCCUAGCUUUCUCCUGAAAAAUUUGGAAAAAUACGGCUUUGAAACACCUACUCCCGUUCAGAUACAAGCCAUCCCCAUCUCUGCUGCCGGGAGAGACCUGUUCGUCUGUUCCCCUACCGGCUCCGGCAAAACACUGGCAUUCAUUAUACCUAUGCUAGCCGAUCUCAAAAAACACUCUGAUCAUGGGUUCCGUGCCCUCAUAGUCACCCCGGUAAACGAACUCUCCAAGCAGAUUUACCGGGAAAUCAAACGGCUUACUCAUGGAAAAAAAUUCAGGAUUUGCCAUCUCCAGAGAUCCACAAUCUCCAACAUCAAUGGCUCUAAAUACGACAUUCUAAUCUCUACUCCCCUGAUGGCAUUGAGGGCUAUUCUUGAAAAAAAUUUAAAUUACAGCAGUGUGCGUCACCUUGUCCUUGAUGAAGGCGACCGGCUCUUCGAUCACGAGUUCCUUCAACACACUUCCAAGCUUAUCUCAUUUUUUGCUUCUGACAUUGCUUCUGACGUAAAAAAAUCCCUGUUUUCCGCUACAAUACCCUCCAGCGUCGAAACCCUCUCCCACUCCUUCAUGGUCCGCCCCGUCCGAGUCAUCGUCUGGAAAAAGCACACACUGCUGUCGACACUGUCCACCAACAACUGGUCCAUGUCGGCUCUGAAGAGGGCAAACUCGUCGCCCUCAAACAGCUUAUCCACAGUGGCCUCCCCCUCCCCGCCCUCGUCUUUGUCCAGUCUGUCCAGCGCGCCAACGACCUAUACAGCCUCCUCAGGUCCGACUCUCUCCCCAUCGAUGUCUUCCAUGGCAACCGCACACUGGCACAGCGUGACUCCCUCCUCCACCGCUUCCGUCAAGGCGAGCUCUUCCUCCUUAUCUGCACUGACAUCUUGUCCCGCGGUAUCGACUUCAAGGGCGUCGAACUCGUCAUCAACUACGACCUUCCUCUUUCCGCACAUAGUUAUAUCCACCGUAUCGGCCGUACCGGCCGUGCUGGCCGGCCUGGCCGUGCCAUCACUUAUUUCUCUGCCGCUGACACUGAGUAUCUCCGAAGGCACUCUCCUCUCUCUUUCUUCUCUGCUAACCUCUGCAGCAUUGUCCAUGUCAUGUUGCGUUCUGGCUCCGACGUCCCUUCCUGGAUGCUUCGCCUACUUCCUGCUGUCUCUAAGAGAGCCAAGCGGCGCCUCAGGCGCGCACCGCCCGCCAGAGACCCCGUCUCAGCCGGCGCGGCGCCCGCGGCACACUGAUACCCAGCGCCUCAAUAAACUGUUGUCCUGUCAACCGUCUCCACACCAACCGCUCCCCUGCCAACCGUCCCCCUGGCACCCGUUGCCCGGCAAUGCGCUUACACCCUGUAUCCCACCAGAUGCCGGCGGCCAAGCACCUCUCCGAGCUUGA